AUGGCCUCGCGCACUUGGACGCGGACGCGCUCGCCGUCGACCAGCAGCGACUCGUCCGACACGACCAUGCUCGACGCCCCGACCCACGUCCCCCUCACGCCGACGCGCCCGCGCCAGCCGUCGGUGACGCAGCGCGCGCCGCCUGCGCAGACACCCGCGCCGGACCCGUCGUUCUCGCUGCUGCUGUCGCUGCCCCGCGAGCUGCGCGACCGCGUCUACGGCCUCGCCCUCGCGUCGCCGCACCCGUUCUGGUGGCCCGGCCAGGCGCCCGCGAGGCACGGCGUCGGCGUCGCGCUGCUGCAGACGAGCCGCCAGGUCCACGACGAGGCCGCGCCGCUGCUGUACACGGCCAACAAGUUCCUCUUUACGCACCCGAGCGACUGCACCGUGUUCCGCGUCGUCGCCUCGCGCCACGCCGCCCGCAUCGCCUCGGUCUACUUUCGCAUCCGCGAGCGCGACCUGCCGCUGUGGACAAAGUACCUGGGCAGCCGCAAGGACGAGCGCUGUCUGAAGCACGACCUGCCGCGCCUGAAGACGCUGAGCAUCUUCCUGCGCUGCGGCACCGCCGUCACCCCGCGCCUCGUCGCCCACCUGGCCGGCCCGGCCUUUAACGCGCCGCACGCCCUCGCCGCCCUGCCGCCCGCCAUGGCCGUCCACCCGCCGCCCCACGGAACCCACAACCUCCUCGCCACCUUCCUGCGCCACGAGCGCGAGCUCGGCAUCGAGAGCCUGUGUCUCAGUCUGCGCGACACCCUGCACGAGCCGGACACGCGCGCGGGCGACACUACGCACUACGCACCCCCGGCCCCGGCAGCGGUCGGCGGGCACCGCGAGCGCCGCGCCCAGGACCGCGAGCGGCGCGUGGACCGGAGCACCGACACGGCGACCACGAGCAAGGCCAGCGACGCGCCCCAGGUCAAGAUUGUGUGCAUCAUGCGCGUGCCGACGGCCGAGGUGGCGCGGCUGGUGCGUCUGUAUCCCGCCGAGCUGAGCGUGGACCGCGGCGGGGACGCGCGCACGCGCUCCCGCCGCCUGCACGGCGUGGACGUGUGCGUGGAGAUUAGCGGGGUCCCGGGGCCGUGA